AUGAGGAGCAUAACAUCUUGUUACAAUGAACAUGCCAUCAAAGUGUCGGAUUCUUACUGUUCAGGCCCUUCAAACCAACCGUAUCUCUCCCCAAACCUUGCCCCUUCAACUCCAAACACCGUAAAGUGUAUAUACAAAGCUAGAAUCCCCACCCAAAGGCACCUCCUCAUCACCCUCACAUGGAGCAAAAAUCGCCUCGGCCACGGCCUAACGAUCAACGUCGGUGAGACGGCAUCGAAACUCAACCCCAACACGCACCGUCCCACGAAAAGAAAAGGCAACAAAACGUUCAAAGCCUGCAGUUCGGAUAUUGAAGUCAUUUGGGAUAUUUCAGAUGCACGGUACAUCGAUGGACCCGAACCGAGUUCUGGGUUUUCGGUCGUCGUUUUAGUCGACUCGCAACUCUGUUUAUCUUUAGGAGAUAUGAAUGAACAAGAAGAUCCAACAACACCCAAAUUUUUAUUGGUUUCGAGGAGUGAAGUUUUCGUAGGCACCAGUAUCGUCUAUUCGGCAAAGGCACAGUUUAGUGAUAAAGGAUUGACUCAUGACAUACUAAUCAAAUGCAACGAAGAAGAAACUGGGAAACGACAAGGAUGGAGAAACCCUGAAUUGACGGUCACCAUUGAUGAGAAGAAGAUGUUUCAAGUGAAUAGAUUGAGGUGUAAUUUCAGAGGGAAUCAGAUCAUCUUUUUGGAUGGAUUGUUGAUAGAUAUGAUGUGGGAUUUGCAUGAUUGGCUGUUUAACCAGACAUCAGGGUGUGCUGUGUUCAUGUUUAGGACAAGGAGUGGAUUAGAUUGCAGGCUUUGGUUCGAAGAAGACAAGGUUAAGGAAAGAGAUGAGUUCUCCUUGGUGAUAUGUGCCUGUAAGAAUCCUGACUAA